AUCGGGGCUCCUGGGGGCACUUUACCUGGGGCGGGAGGAGGGUAUUUAGCUGUUGUUGGUUUUCUUUGUUUCUAGCCUCUCCUGCGGCCCAGAGGAAGCGUCUGUAAAUGGGGAAACUGCCUGUUACUGGAACAAAGUUAGCCAAAAUUACCCCCAAAAUACCAAGUUCACGGACCCCAGAUUAAAAACCGCCGACUUAGAGGCCGAGCGGCAGCGGCCUUCCAGGAGAUGUCCCGAGUCACCGGGCGGGAAAAGCUUGUUCCCUAGCGGGGAGAAAACGGGAUUUCUUGGGGGAAAUGGCGUUUUAGGGGGUCAGGACCCGGACAUGGGACCCUGGCAGGGAUGGCAUGGAAGAGGGAAGCCGUGAGAAGUGGACAACGGCAAGUUUUCGUAACUUCGGCACUUUACCCAAUAACCUAGUACUGGCGUUACCUCCGGGAUUCCCGUGGGAGAAACUGAGGCCCCGUGGUCUCGAGGGUGUUAAGUGUAAGGACAGAACCAGACUUGUAAAUUGUGUGAGUUUUAUUCGCUGGACUGUGGGCUAUGUGAAAGGAAGCCGUGAAAAAAAAAAAAGAAUUUGGAAAGGUAAAUUAGGGCCAGGUGGUCUAGGUCUGUGAAUGCCAUUUCGUAGGACCAAUUAGAAAAUGAUUACAAUCGUUCCGGCAGGAAUUAACGGGAGUUUAAACUCAGGUAGUGGUUUGUGUUGGCACCAAAGGCGCUUGGGUGAAAGACGAUUGUGGAGAGGUAGAAUCAACACAACUUGAUGCCUGAGAAGAGAGACAAAGAUCACUCCUGGGUCUUUACCCAAUAAGCCUGGAAGUGUAGUGGUGCAAUUAACAAAAAUAAGGUAAUCGAUGAGGAGAUGCAGGUGUUUGAGGGGAAAGGAGAGUUUUGGACAUACAUUUGGGGUUGUUCAAUACGAAUUAGGAGUCGAUUACAUAGCUAUUGCAUAUUUGAAGCCAGGUGACUGAAUGUGCUUAUUUAUUAGAGAGAGAAAAAGUAAGAUGUCUGAAAAGUAAUUUUCAUAACUCCUUGAAUGCAGUAUGGCAUAAUUUACCUAUAAUUUACUGGUGAUAAGAGUGAGACACAGAAAAGUUAUCCAAUUUUGCUAACUGUAACAUAGAUACUUGCUGAAUAGACAUUAAAACUAAUGUCCUGAUAUACUAACUCAGAAUGCUUUUUCCAUGUGGCCUGUUAGUUUCUUUUAGUGGAAUGCCUUAAGAUUUAUCUCAACAUUUUUUUUAAUUAAUUUUUUUUAUUGUUAUCUUUUGUUUUUACAUCACUUCCAUUGCAAAAUAUAUUCCUUCUCUUUCACAUACCAAACUUUUGUAACCAAGCAAAGCCAACACAAACUGUGUUCAAAGCUGGCUGUACUUAGUAGCAUGCUAAUUUAAGGGUUAAAUACUUGUACCAUAGCAUCUGCUGCUCCAAGGGAUGAGUGAGUUAACAUUUACUCCUUUCUCCCCUAGUUCUGAGGCCUCCCUUCCUACUGUCUUUUUAUUUGCAGUCUCCACUUUUAUCUGUGGCCAAUCAAUGCUAUUCCUUAAGCAUUUUAUCGAGCACAUACCAAAAAAACUGCAAGUUGGCAUGCAAAUUGCCUGUUGUAGGGGGUCACAUUUAUUUGUAAAAGACUAUUUACUGCCAAGGUAGACUAAGCAAUAAAACUUUUGCCCCCACUGAAAUGGCCUCUUUAAGGGAUUUGUUAUCCAAAAGGAAAGGGAACUGUGAUAUGGCUCAAGUUUCAAACAACACCUAAAUGAAAUGCUACUUACUUUUAAAAAAAGUUUUAUUGAUGCUUUUUUUAUAUUUUUUUGUCAUAAUUAUUUCAAUCCACCCUUAGUACUGAACCCUCCCUAGUGUCCAAAAAAAAAAAAAGCAAAAAACCUCAUUGACAAUUUAUACAACAUUCCAUUCUAGUAGGCCUCUACCCCUCUUUGGAAGAUAUGUUUCCUUAUUUGUUCUCCAUGACCUUUAUUGAUAUUUUUAGUUAUUCGGUUUGAUUUCCUUUAAAUGAUUUGUUUAUAUUGUUAUUGUGUAUCAUUCAUUCUCUUACCACUUCUUUUGUUCUGCAUUCCCAUGUUUCUUAAAAAUCAUCAUUUUUUACUGCACGAUAAUAUUCCAUUACAGUUCUUAUUCAAGCCCGAUUAAGGGGCACCUGAUUUGUUUCCAGGAUUAAUAUGCAUUGAGAAAACUGCCAUGUUAUGGCCUAUUUAGUAUAGGGUUGUCCUUGGAAAAGUCUUACAUGCAUUAGCAAUGGAGAUUGAAGUUCGAAUGGUGCUUUAUGAAGAUUAUUCAGUAGAAGUACACUAUAUUGAUGGCUCCAAAUUACAGCUUUCUCCAUGUGGUUCUGAAUUCCUGUUUGAAAAGGCACCUCCUAUUUCAGCUCAUCCUUUGCAGCAACCAGAAAGAAUUCGUCAAAGGACCCAAUUUGUUAUUAGUAAUUACAGAGAACAAUUACUAAAGGCCCUAGAUUUUAGAAAUUGCUUUUCUAGUUGCCCUUUUUUACCUGAAAGCAUCAUACCUUCUGAAAGAAAACAGUCUGUCUUCACUGAUCUCUCUGAAGUCAGGUGGCCCAGUCGUGAUACCCAUGAUGCAGUAAUUUGUAUGGAUGAUGGCACUGUGAAGAUUUCAUCUUUAGAUGGUCAUGCUUAUCUUUGCCUACCAAAACAGCAGCCUGAAUUUACUAUACAUUUUUUAUGCAAAAUCAGCCAGAGGUCUCACUCACUAAUGGUACUAUCAGAAAAAAAGAAUAAUCGUUUAAAGAAAGUGAAUCAACAGUGUGAAAAAGCAAGCCAAAACUGUAUGUUUAGAACAACUUGCGAUGGACAAAGCUUGAGGAAUAAGGAAAAUGAUUCACAUUGUCAUAUCAUGAAAUCCAAGGAAUUAUUAGGUGCAAAUAAUUUUAUAAAUAGAUCCGAAGGGAAAGAAAUGGCACCUUUAGCUCACAAGGAAUACACAUUUGUGUAUGCAUGGGUGAAGCAGUGCUGGUCUGUGGACUCCUGUCCAGAAGAAUGGAAAUACCCUUUAUCUUUGGCACUUGACUUUCUUCAUAAACUUAAUAAAGUAUUGAAACCUGAUCAGAAUGUUAAACAGGUCACAGUUUUAGCAUCUGAUAUUUCAAAGGAAGGUGAAGAGGUUUCUGUUCUUCCCAAAGCUCUUCCCCUCAGCUGUCAUAAUCCACAUCUGCACAGGUGGAAUUUCUCUGAUUCAUCUUUACAGAAACAAGAAGAAUAUACCUAUCCUGAACUAAUAAAAGUAGUGUGGUACAAAGGUACUAUAUUUAGACUUACUCAUGAAACUGUGAACUCAAUAGAAAUUUUUCCUGGUGAUGGAUCCAUUCUCAAAUCAGAAGGAGCUUUUUGGGGGAACUAUUUCACAUUCUCUUCAGUACACAAAGAAUCAGAACAAAGAGAAGAGAAAAUGUAUUCAAUAAGAAACCUUCCUCCAGAUAGACCAGGAAGUCCAUAUUCUGUGUGUUCCCUUAUUACACAGGCCACCAGAAUUCUUCAACAUUGUGUCAAAAUUAGACUUUCUUUAAGCCACAACUAUAAUAUAUGCUGCUGGAAAAUGGUUUCUGAAUCAAAUGAAGGGAAUAUACCAGUGCUUUUGAGGGAAACAUUCAUUCCCAUGUUAGGAAGUUUUUAUGUAUACUCUGAUGAUAAAGUAUUUGCUAUCUUUUUGGAUGGUAUUUCCCUAACCCUUAUUUGGAACUUCAGUUCUUUCUUCAGAAAGAGACAGGUAAAUCAAGGUGUCAUCUUAGGUUGGUGUAAAUUAACUCUUCCAGAUGGACAAGAACAGUUCAUUCAGAUUGAAAAUCCUGGACAAUUUGAAAGGUAUGUGGCAACAGUAAUAGCUUGGUGUAGGAGUCUGAUUCAGACUCAUCCAAAGGAGAUGUUCACAUAUCCUCCAUCAUCAUCGAUUACUGAAGAAAACUGGUCUGUUGCUUCUGAACUUGAAAAAAUAAAGAAAUUUAACUUUUUAUUGGAGAAUGACAGUGUCCUAAAUGAGAUUUCUACUAAGAAAACUGAACAAUCUUCUUCAGAUAUUUCAAAAUCAAGAUCUUCAGAAGCCCGUAGCUUUUUUGAAGAAGUGAAUAAAAAGAGUGUAUCAGUAGCAUUGAAGAAAACCUCAGAAAUCCUUCAGGAUAUUGAAUCUCUUCUAGCCUAUUCCAAGAAGUAAAAAAAUUAUUAAAGGCUCUUAAAGUUGUAUUUUGUUGAUUCAAAUGACUAUCCUCAAGAGAAUUGUCUGUACGCAGAAUUAUUAAAAUUGAAGGUGGGGGGCAGCUAGGUGGCACAAUGGAUAGAGGACCAGCCCUGGAUUCAGAAGGACCUGAGUUCAAAUCUGGCCUCAGACACUUAACACUUAGUAGCUGGGUGAUCCUGGGCAAGUCACUUAACCCCAAUUGCCUCACGGAAAAAAAAAAUCAAAUGGGACAAUUUGCUUCCCUUGAGCUGGUUGCUUAGCAUUGGUGUGAAAAUUUUCUAACUUAAUAUCAGUGUAUUUCACCCUGCUUGUAAAUAUUUUUGUAUGAAUGUGCUACUUAAUGUAAGUUAAAUUUGAAAAUGUAUUUUUAAAGUAAUCAUGAAUAUCAUAUUGUUUCAAGGAAUAAAGAACUGUUUGAGAAAUCUGAACUAUUUAAUUUUUUGAAUUCCCAGCCAACAUUCAUUCAUACAGUAGAUAUUUAUUAAGAGUAUCCUGUAUGUACUUUACUUUGCUAAAUAUUGAAAGAUAAAGAUGAAUAUGACAGUUCCUGCCUUUGAGUAGCUUACAAAUGUAUAAGCAAAACGCAUUUUAGUGAUUAGAUUGUAAUCUUCUGGGAGUAGACAAUAAGUACAUUUUUAGCCUACAAAAUUUUUUUAUUCAAAAUUAGCAAAACACUAAGGAUUUGUUUACUUACUAUCUAUCCAGUUUCUCUGAUCCAAGGAUUUUUUUUUCUGUAAAUGUGUUAGAGAACUGUGGGUCAGUCAGUAUAGAAAAAAACCUUUCAGUCCUACAGGUGCAAAUUCCCUCCAAAAUAACUCAGUGACAGUAGUCUUAUUUCCUUUAAGAAACAAAAGAGGUCUCAGAGUUUUAUGCUAAUGAUACCCUGUAUUGGGGGAGUGAAGGGGGAAGAAAGCCACUUUUGGAAAUGAAAUUAACAUCAUAAAGAACUCAGGAAGAUAAGUCUGACUCCAGGCCUGGCACUCUAUUUGCCUAUGGAUGCAUUUCUUAUAGCUUCCUCUCCAAAUCCUUUUCCUUGAAGACUCAGCCCAGGCAGGUAUACCUUAUCAUGAAACCUUCUCUGACCACUGUCUACUACCAUUUGUAAGUGCUCUCUCCAUCCUCACAUGACCUUGUAUAACACUUAAUUGUGUAUGUGAUGCAUUUUCCAAUAAAAUGUUAGCACCUUUAGGUUUUUUUUAUCUCUAGUGGCAGCUAGGUGGCGUAGUGGAGAGAGCAUGGAACUGCAGUCAGCAGGACUUGAGUUCAAAUCUCACCUCAGAAACUUACUAGCUGUGUGACCCUCUGCAAGUCACUUAAACCUAAUUGCCUUCAACAUCAGGGGCCAUCUCUAGUCAUCCUGAUGUAUAUCUU